GAAGGAGAAGGCGAGGCAGCAGCGUCCAGUGUUAUCCAUCCCUCCAUCCCUCCAUCUAUCUAUCUACCCAUCCUCUUAACCGUUUCUGUGAGUCAGAGCUGAAAACAACGACUAGAGAGAGAACCGGAGCUGUGGAUUCUGCGGCUUGUAAUCAGGCCCACAUAAAACAGCAUGACUAAAGAGGACACCACUGAGGUAGAGGAGGCUCAGCCCCCCUCUGAGUUCACCAGCCCCGUCCAUGAGCCCCGCAAGAAACCCAUGGUCCACCCUUCUGCCCAGGCCCCUCUCCCCAAAGAUUACACAUUCACAUUCUUUGAUCCGAAUGAUCCGGCCUGUUUGGAGAUUCUGACAGAUCCUCGCACCACCAUCCCAGAGCUUUUUGCUAUCAUCCGACAGUGGGUCCCACAAGUCCAGCACAAGAUUGACAUCAUCGGUGAAGAGAUAUUAAAGCGUGGUUGCCAUGUCAAUGACCGUGAUGGGCUGACAGACAUGACCCUCCUGCACUACAGCUGCAAAGCAGGAGCUCAUGGAGUGGGUGACCCCGAGGCUUCACUUCGACUGACAAAUCAGCUGAUAGCUUUGGGUGCAGAUGUGAGUCUGCGCAGCCGCUGGACUAACAUGAACGCCCUUCACUACGCCGCGUACUUCGAUGUUCCUGAGCUGAUCCGGGUUUUGCUCAAAGCUUCUAAGCCUAGAGUGCUGAACUCUACCUGCAGCGACUUCUAUCACGGCACUGCCCUGCACAUCGCCGCCUCCAACCUCUGCCUUGGAGCUGUCAAGUGUCUGCUAGAGCACGGAGCCAACCCCACUGUCAGGAAUGAUAAGGGCCAGGGCCCUGCUGAGGUGGUUCCCGACCCCAUGGAUAUGAGUUUGGAUAAAGCAGAGGCGGCAAUGGUGGCUAAAGAGCUGAAGCAGCUGCUGUUGGAUGCGGUGCCACUCAGCUGUAACCUUCCCCGCGUCACCCUGCCCAAUUACGACAACAUCCCUGGCAACCUCAUGCUCUCCUCCCUCGGUCUCAAGCUGGGUGACCGCGUCUGCCUGGACGACAUGAAGGCGGGCACCCUGCGUUUUUGUGGAACUACUGAGUUUGCCAGUGGUCAGUGGGUGGGCAUUGAGCUGGAUGAGCCAGAAGGCAAGAACGACGGGAGCGUGGGCGGGGUCCGCUACUUUAUCUGCCCACCCAAACUGGGAAUCUUUGCCCCAGUUUCCAAAAUCAACAAAGCUGUCGAUCAGACCCCCUCCUCAGUCACCUCCACACCCAAAACCCCCCGCAUGGACUUCUCCCGCGUCACUGGCAAGAUUAAGAAAGACAAGAAAGAGAAGGAACGAGAGAAGAACAUGAGGAAGAAGUCUCUGUCAGUGGCCAGUUUGGAUCCUGAUGGAGUGAAAGUUGAAGUGGGAGACCAGGUUUUGGUGGCUGGACAGAAGCAGGGAAUCGUCCGCUUUUACGGCAAGACAGACUUUGCACCAGGCUACUGGUUUGGUGUGGAAUUGGAGCAGGCCACUGGAAAGCAUGAUGGCUCUGUAUUUGGUGUUCGCUACUUUACCUGCCUCCCUAAAUAUGGAGUAUUCGCUCCGCCAUCCCGUGUUCAGAGAAUUGGAGGACCAAAGGAAUCCCAGGGUGACGGGACACUGGUGAAGAAAGUCCAUCAGGUGACUAUGGCCCAGCCGAAACGGAACUUCAAUGCGGUGAGGUCUCCCAAAGACAUCACAUCCGAGAGCUCUUUAUCCAGCAGGUUGCUGUUCUGUUGCUGGUUCCCUUGGAUGCUCCGUGCGGAAAUGCAAUCCUAAACGUUUGGCUCACUACUUCUCCUAACCCAUCUUUCUGUUCCUCCCCAAAAACAACAAAAGGAUCCUCUCACUGUCUUUCCAUCCUUCAUUUGUGCUUUUCUCUAAAAAUCCCACAGAUUGUCGAAGGCACAACUGUGGUGACCCCCGUCUCCAAACCUUCCCCUUUGACUGCAGUUAGCAAAAACUAGUGCCUUGUAAAGUAACUAACGUCCUGCAUUCCAUUUGUUAAACGAACAAUAAUAAUGAAAAGAUGUUUCUUGAAUUCUUAAUUAGGGCAACAUAACCCUGACAAAAGCCAUUUGUUGGAACAUAACCGAUUUUUUAAGUUAAGGUGUCUUUUAUGUUGUUGAAAAUCACCCUAAAAUGAAAGCCACAAAAACAUACCAGUAAAUGUUUUUGUGGGCUUUGCAUGUGUGUGUUUUUGUUUUAGAAAAACACAGUUUCUGAAUCUUAGCCUAAAAUAUAUCAUGGCUGCUGCUGCUGCUAGAGUGUGCACUCUUGUCUUAUUUUCAGUAUUGAAUAGGGAACUAAGCUUUUAAAUGCCUUUUCAUUAGUUUUCUGAGUACUUGAUCAUAUUUAGAUGGUUAAUGUCUGUCUAAAAGAUGUUGUCCAAGAACCUUGCAACUACCCGAUCAUUUAAUCAUAUUGUGGUAAGAAAAAAUGCAGAUUACCUUUACAUACGUUUAAGCUACCAGGGUGACAGGGAAAAAAAGAAUACAGGGUUUAUUGUUUAUAUCUCACUUUUAAUUGUCGUUCCCAGUGCAGUUCAGUGGAUCAUACCUGUAUUGACCUGUAUCUACUGUGCAGGCAUGUGUACAGUAACAGUGUGUACAUGUGGGUGGACAUACUCUAUGUGAGGCUGUACAUUACCCUUAGUACAUUGUCAGAAAAUAUUCAAGAUUUAUAUAAUAAUCAUGGGAUUUUGUGCCAUUGUUCAUACUAUAAUCUGACCGAUAUAUGGGUUUACAAAUAUAUCAAAUAAUAUUGAUGUGGCUUUAUCUGUAUCCUUUAAAAUAUCACCAAUAAUAACAGACCCACCAGGAUUAAAGCUAAACAGAGUUGUACACACCCUCCAUAUAUAACUAUAUUAGUGAUACAAGCUGAAUGAGGAAACUAAACACAGAAUGCUGUCAUGACUUGAGUGAUAAUCCAUGUCAAAUGUGUCCUUUUAGAGAGAAUUAAUGACAAAAAAAUAAAAGAAGUUAAAGAUGAUAACGAUACACAAAAACAUUUUGGGUGACAACCCUAUGCUAUUUUAUUUUUAUUAUUUAAAACAGUAGUAUGCAAAAAGUUUACUCCUGGGUUCCCCCUGCAGUCAGUAAGUCAUCCUAAAGGACAUGCUUUACACAUGCAUUUCUGGGCAAGCUGAGAAAUAAGGAACUCAUCCAGUACAGUAAUGUUACAGGAUUUUACACAAAAAAGAUUUGGGUUAGGCAGCAUUAUUUAGUUAUGGUGAGCUUCACUAAAUUUAUAUAUGAUGAUGUGUGUUGAUGUCCACACUUUUAAAGCUGUUUUAUGAUAUAAAAUGCUUUGUAAUGUUGCUUUAAGAUCAUGGGUUUUGCAGUUUAUUUGAGUUAAAGAAGCAUGACAGUUAUAAACAGGUAACCAUGUCAUGUUAUGUAAUAAAAAUGGUUAAUAAUUGCUUGGCAAUAAUUAUUGGCUAAUACUGUUCAUUACCAGUUUUUAGCCCCUAAUAUUGGUAUCAGUGUCAAAAAAAAUGUUUAUAUCAGUAAAGGACCUGGUUAAUAUUUAGCUGCCCAAUGGGAACACAUAUACUUAAACUAGUCCACCUAAUGAUAAAUUGGCAGUAAAUCUGACGGUAUAUUUCAGCUGUUGUAAUUCAGUGACAGUAGCAUCAGAUACUUGUUAGGUGAAAGUUUUAAAAACACACUUAAAUAUAAUGUAGCCAUUACCCAGGUCAUCCAGCAAGUCCUUGAUAUUAUCUAAAAUACAGUUCAAUUCCUGCCGUGUUCCUCUGCCUGAUCCUCCUCUUUUCCUGUAUCUCGUUUCAGUUUAAAUAGGUUUUUGUAAAUGAUCGACUUCAGCAGCUCCAAUAGUCAGAGAAGUAUGUGAUUAUAUCUGUCAACAAGUGUAAAAAUGAAGAAAAAGAGCAAUAUCUAAUCUACGUCAACUUGCUAUGUGAAUAUGGGUGGUGUCUUUGUCUAGCACACAGCAUGCGUAAGAAAAGCUCCAGUCACUUUCUGCUACUUUCCCCUCACUGAUUUAAGCUGCUUUAGACUCAGUUCUCUGAACUAUACCUUCCUUUAUCACAGGCAGGAUUAGGGGACAUUAACUGCCUGAUCCUAGGGAUGCAGCUAUUGGCAGACUGUGAGCAAGAAAAAAACAUCAGGCAUUGCUUGUGCACUCUGUGUAACACCUUUUCUGGGAGCACCCUGACGAGCACUGCAGAACAAGGAGAAUGGAAAAAAUGAACACCUACUGCGUAACAGAUCUGUAUGUUUUGUUUUUUAAGUCUACAUACUGCUAGUUAGUUAUUCAUAUAUUGUUGAAUUUGUGUAGUGGUGCAAUCAUUGCCUCUGUAGUGAUAUAAGACUAAGACGAGUAAAAGGCAUUUAAGACUGAGUGCAAAACUUAAACCAUAACGUAUAACCAGUAGUAAACAUAAUCGUUGAGUUUUGUGGAAUCUGACGGUUUGUUUUUUAUUGUUUUAGGGUGACUUUUUAAGCUGUUACACAAGAUCACUUUCAUUUCAUUUCACAGCCACUUCUGUUCUGAUCACAUUUCAUUUCAGUGAAUGGCAAAAGAGAAAGUGGGUGAGAUAUUUUAACUGUAAUUACAGAGUGUAUUUACUAUCUCUCACUGUCUUGUCCCCUAUACGUUCCCCUCUCCGUAUCAGAUCAAAAUAAAACACAGGCAUUUUAAGUAAAGUUACUUAGUUAAUUCUCUUAGUCUACCCAGUUGUGUAGCUUAUUUGGUAUGAUUAAUUUGUAAACAUAUAAUUUGUAAACAUUUCUUCGUCCGAAAAGAUAUAUUUUAAUAAUUUUACUGUGUAUUUUUUAAUGUGCAUCAGUCGGACAACCUGGUGACAAUAUCCAUGUUUGUGUAUUCAUGUGAACUUCUAUCUUCUGUAAGAAAGAUUUGUGAGGACUGUAAAUGCUGGAGUCAGUUCUGUUUAGCUAACUAGGCUACUGCAUGCUGUCUUUAUAUAUAAAAAAACAACAACAGUGCUUUUCUUUUUUCAGCUGUGUAAUAGCAUGUUAAUCCCCAUAAACUUAAGAAUUCUUCUCUGAAUAAUGGAUAUAACAAUAAUAAACAUUUGAUGUUUCGUAAA